AUGGUAUCGGGAUUGCCUGUUGGUACUUUAGCAACAAGCCAAUGUUUCAAACGGAGCCGACCCCGGAGAGUUCAUACUCCACACGGAGUGCUGCUAGCUUUUGCUGCUCAACGGCAGACCAGAGGAAUUCGACGGAAUCGAGCUUUCGCUGUCAUGGUCAUUCAGUCCCCUAGCAGAUGGCGCUGGGGAAUGGAGAAUAGCGAAUGCACAGCCGUUCAUUGGAAAGUCAAACAAGAACAGAUGAUCUGGAAAGUAGUGGCGUCGCCUCUGUCAGUUGGGGAGUCUAGAGAUGACAUGGUUCCAUCCAUUGCGACACUACCGCAGUACAUUUCAAGUCAGAUUCAAGUUAAAAACGGACUGUGGGGUCUGCAGGUGCGCAUCAUGAGGCUCUUUCAGGUUUAG